ACAAGACAAGGGAUUUUCAAGAGCUGCAUCAUCUCGCUGAUGUCGACUGGUAACCGUAAUUUAUUUCUUAAAAUCAAAGGGGCUUCGUAAAAUAUUGAAUGAGGAGCACCUUCGUAAUUCUAGCAAUUUCAAGAGCGAUAAAUGAUAAUUGUAGCGGAUUAUGCGGUCCAUAUAUACACGAGACCGGUCCACCCUCCGGCCAUAGCAAGUGCUGCUUCUCUUCUCUCGCCGCCGGCCGAUCAUUUCCCCCGCCGUCCUCUUCUUCGUGAAGAUCUCCAUCCCUCUCCCCUCCACAGGAAAAAUUAAUGCAGGAUCUCCCACCCUUCCACGGGCGUAUCUUCGGUGGUGGCGGAGUGGGAGGCGCCGCCGCGACAGGCCGAGGAGGCGGGCUCGUCUGCUACCCGACGUUGCCUUCCCGGCAGGAUCAACCGUCCCUUCCGCCCGUGAAGUGUCCGCGAUGCGACUCCACCAACACCAAGUUCUGCUACUACAACAACUACAACCUCUCCCAGCCCCGCCAUUUCUGCAAGGCCUGCCGCCGAUACUGGACCAUGGGUGGUGUGCUCCGCAACGUCCCAGUCGGCGGCGGAUGUCGCAAGUCCAAACGCCCUUCCAAAUUUACCUCGCCUACUUCCUCCAACAAGAACCCGUCCCGUCGCCGCAACCCCCUCUCCGCCGUCAGAUCCAGCGUCGACGACUCCACCGCCGCAGGAUCCGCCACAUCGGACCCCUCCACCUCCGAACCCUUGCCCGAUCCCUCCCUCCUCGCCUCCCAAAUCUGCGUCCCAAACCAUAAUCCCCAGUUAGGGAAAAUAACCAACGCGGAUCUGCCACUCCCAGCACCAAACAUCUUCGAAACCCAGUCCGCCGGUGGCUUCGCGACGACUCCAUCGCCGCUCCUAGGGUUUAUCUUUCCGGACCCAUCGACGGAACGAGACAAGGCUGAGGCGGCGGUCAUCGGCCCGGGCUUCGCAGAUCGAGCGGUUCCGGUGGAUCGGCAGCCCGCCGGCUCUUCCGGCUGCCUACCAUCUCCAUAUUGGGACGGCCCAGUCGAACCCACAUUGUUCGAUCUCACCGGAACCGUCGAUCCUUCAUCAUACUGGAAUCAGAGCCAUUGGUCCGACGCCGACGCCCAAUAUCUUCAGCGCCUGGAGCGGCUGUUGGUGAGGAGCAGCACAUGGGCUUGGCUGUUGCCUUUAACACGCCAUUAAUGCUGCCGUACUUAAGAAGAUAUUCUCGUUGGCUGAUGCGUGAAUAUACGGCAAUUUUUAGAGGGCGCAUUAAAGUUUGGAAAUGCGCGACCCUCUUUUCUAUUGUACCCUUAGUUAAUGCUUACAUAUGAUGGCAUUAGUUUUAAAAAAUCAGUAAAUCUUGUCGGUUUGAUUA